AUGGCUAAAUCGGAUUUCGACAACGCCAAUCCCACCGUCCUUAGUGUCUCACAACUGCCCAGCAGGAAUCUAGCGAAGGGCCAUGUGAGAAAGGGCCCGGAUUCCAAAUAUGACCACAUCUUGUUUCCAAAGCAGUGGUGGGCGGGGAGCUCCCUGAACAGUGACCCAUCGGUGUGGACAUCGGACGAAGAUGAAGACGACGACUUGACUUUGGCGACAGAGGAACCCAUUGACGAGCAGGAAAUCUACGGUAAGAAUUACGCCCCGUCAAGUUGCACGUGCAUGGAAAGGUGCAACCUGCUAUCAACGAUAUCGGACCCUGAACAUCCCGUCACCCUGGGCCAAAUCGCCGUUGUCAGACUCGACGACAUCCAUCUCAGCCCGUCACCCGCCGAGCGUCUAGAUCCAAACACCUUGACCAAUGUCGAGGUCGACCUUACGCCCACAGUGAACCACUGUUCGCUGGCGACUGUCAUUGGUCUUGCCGUGCGUGUCCGACUCGAGAACGCUCUGCCUCCCAACUACCGCAUCAUUGUCCGCAUGAAGGAUGGCUCUCAUGCCCAGGAUGACCAGGUGAACAAGCAGCUGGGAGACAAGGAGAGAGUUGCCGCUGCUUUGGAGAAUGACACACUGAAGGGCAUCAUCGAGAAGAUGUUGGAGACUUGCGUCUGA